AAAACUAUCCCAGCCUGUUUUCCACUCUCAUUUGGGUCCCAUCAACCCAUGACAGGCACAUCACGGGUUGUGAGUGUCUCUUAGGAAUUUAGGAUAGACUAUAGAGUUCAUGUUUUAUCGGAAAUCGGAAUAGUCUUGUUGUCUUAGCUCAGUAAGCCACUCAAACUCACACGUACUCCAACAACAACACAAUAGCAAUCACUACAUCAACAGCAGCACAGCCAGCCACGUGUUGUCCUAUUGGAAGGGUGACCUUGUUAGACCUGAAUUUGUCUGGGAGUUGAUUUCGGAACUUGACAUUGAUCCGCAUAGGCCAAUGGAUUUUGAUUGACUAAGGGGAACGGCUAUAUUAAAGCUCUAAAGAGUCUAGUGUAUAAGAAAAGAAUAGAAGAGGGUACUGUCAACUUGCUUCGUAAAGUAAAGCAGCAGGCAAAGGUGAGGAUUCCGAGGGCAGAGGCAUUUACAAGAAUGAGUAAUCCCCAAGAAGGUAUUGAAAUAUUCAUCCCAACUAGCUCAGAUGCUGGGGCAUCGUUGCAGACAGAUGACGAAGCUGAGAGGAAAAAAGGACUAGACUACCUUACCCUCUAUCGAGCUGCCUUAAAUGGUAAUUGGGAAGUUGCUGAGCCUAUAUUUCUUGCCUAUCCAAAUGCCAUUCGAGAUUCCAUUACAGAAAUGUAUGAUACUGUUCUUCACAUUGCAUCUGCGACAGAACACUCCACUUUUGUAAAUCAAGUGGUGAUGAAUUUGACUGCGGAACAGUUAGAACAGGAAAACAAACAUGGAUAUACAGCCCUUUACAUUGCUGCGGAAUCAGGGAUUGUGGCAAAUGCCAAGGAGAUGGUAAAAAAGAACAGGGGACUGCUAUUGAUCCGCAAUAAAGUAAGGACACCACUUCACGUAGCAGCAUUGCUUGGACAUAGAGACAUGGUGUUGUAUCUACUCUCUAAGACUCCUUUUGGAGAUUUGGAACUUGCUGAUCGCAUGGACAUCCUUACUGCUACUAUUACCUAUGAUAUGUAUGAUAUAGCACUUCGAAUUCUGGACAAUGAUGAAACUUUAGAAACUGCGAACCUGCGAACCUUAGCAUUGCGUGAGUUGGCCAGAAAACCUUUUGCAAUUGGCAGCACAAGUCAUCUAUCACUCUGGAAAAGAUGCUUAAACUCCAGGUUCAAAGUCUAUAAGAAUGCUUUUAUGCAGACAUUAGCCCAUCAAUUGGUAGAACGCCUCUCAAUAAAUGCUAAACAAUUCCAAGACCUAGACGAACAGAGCUCAAGAUAUGUUACGUCUCUACUUUUGUAUGCAGCAAAAGUUGGGAAUGUCGAAUUCCUGAUUAUACUCAUUCGCUCUUAUCCUGAUAUCAUAUGGAAAAAAGAUGAGAGAAAACGAAGUUUAUUUCACAUUGCCGUUUGUAAUAGGCAAAUGAGUGUCUUCACUCUAGUAUAUGAGAUGGUUGCUAUCAAGGAAAUAAUUCUAACUUUUUUUGAUCCAAAAAAAAAACAGAACAUUCUGCACUUAGCUGGAUAUUUACCUCCUUCAUGUCGACUAAAUAUUGUAUCAGGAGCAGCCCUUCAAAUGCAACAGGAGUUGUUGUGGUUUAAGGAGGUAGCAAAGGUUGUGCCGUCUUCAUACCUGAACAAGAAGAACUCAAAAGGCCUAACACCAGGGGAAUUAUUUACAAGGGAACAUGAAAAUCUACGGAGAGAAGGUGAAAAUUGGAUGAAGAAUACAGCAAACUAUUGCAUGAUUGUAGCAACACUGAUUACCACUGUGGUCUUCGCGGCAGCUUUCACUGUACCGGGUGGCAACAAUCAGGAAACAGGCACCCCUAUUUUUUUUAAAACUAGGUGGUUUAGGGUAUUUUUCAUAUCAAAUGCAAUAGCACUGGUCUCCUCUUCUUCUUCAAUACUAAUAUUCUUGUCAAUUCUCACAUCACGUUUCACGGAAAAGGAUUUCCUCACGUUAUUACCAUCACAAUUGGUCUUGGGAUUCACCACACUCUUCAUCUCCAUAGUAAGCAUGGUAGUAGCCUUCAGCACAACUUCCUUUUUGGUCUUUAAAAGCGAAAUGGUGUGGCUGCCGAUUGUUAUAAUUACUUUGGCUUGUGUCCCAAUUAUUUUGUUUGUUUGGCUACAUUAUGAACUUUGGGUUGAUAUAUUCAUGUCAACAUUCUUGUCUAGGUUUUCUUUUAGGUCAAGUAAAAAGAGAAUCUUUUAGUCGAUGAUCAAUGAUGCCAACUGGGCAAAUUGUUUGUGGUUCUAAAAGUAACUCUAGGUAUCCGCUUUUAACGUCUCAAAAGUACCCCAAGUUUAAUACAUAACAAUAAAUUCGUGUGUUGAGAUUGUCUUCUGAUAAUAUUAAUGAAAUUUCUUUUGUCUUUCUUUUAA